UUGUUUUUAUCUUGGUGAUUUAGGCGAAAGGAAAUGACUACCGUUCCGGGUUCCCUGGUCUGGGAGCUUGUCAAGAAGAACAACUGCUUCCUGAUCAAGCAGUUCGGCAACAGCAACGCCAAGGUGCAGUUCAGCAAGGAGCCCAACAACCUCUACAAUGUCCACUCCUAUAAGUUCUCUGGUCCGUAGCUGCAUGCGCUGUUUAAACCCUUCUGUACCUAUAGAUCUAGUGUGGUGCUUACCGACGAGCUCCGCGACAAGAUCGUCAAGCAGGUGGAGUACUACUUCAGCGAUGAGAACCUUUCGACGGAUGAGUUUAUGUUGAAAUUUGUCAAAAAGAACAAGGAUGGCUUUGAGGCCACAGGUGAUCAAGUUCUGCUACAGGAAGAGUGGCAAGGAUGAUAGCAGCCAGGACCCCAUGACCCAACCUGCCAGCUCGCCCUUGAGCAGACAGAGCCUGUCCACGCCUGUCAUCGACCCCUACCAUGCUGGUGAGGAUUCUGUAUCGCUCACAGGGUUUUUCCUGAAGAACCAGGAGUUCCGCAAGAUGGCCAAGGCUGUCAAGAACUAGGUAAUAACACUACUCCUUGUUUGUUCAUGUGCUCUUUACUUCCAUCAUCUUUUCUGCUGGUCUAAAACAUAUGGAACGCUAAUAACCGCCAAUAUUAUGCUGGUCCUGGUGUUUCAUUUGAUAGAGCCUUGUUAUUUGGUUUUGUGAAAUGGGCUUCGAAUUUGUAAGAAGUAUCUCUCUGAACAGCUCCAGCUGAGAAUAAUUUACUCACGGCCAUGUCCAGCUCUGGUAUGCAUACCAUGUCCAUGUUGCAUCUUGGAUCUGUUAAUGCCUAGCGCUAGUAAUUUUGCAGCAAUGAAAGAAAAACAGGUGGUGUCAUUUUUGCAGAGUACAAGGUUCUUACCGGCAGGGCCCCGUCCCCGGCGGGUUGGUUGCAGAAUGUAGCAGCAGCAGCACGAAUUCGACCGGCGGCAGCUGCCGUUGCGAGCUGCUCCUGCGCGUCCCCCGUCCACGACGCGAGGGGCACGGAUGGGACGGCCGCGAGCGCGGACGAAGGCGGCGCAGCGGCGGCGGAGUGGGUCUCGAGGAAGAGGAGGCCAAACCUCGACGGCCGCCAGACGACCUCGACGGCGCAGUCGGUGUCGAGGAAGAGGAGCUCGGUGAGGUCGCCCACGAGGCCUUCCUGCGCAGGGAAAGGCGAAGCGACCGGCCGGCGGGCCCUCCGUGGGAGCCUCCCGACACCGAGCGGAUCCGCCCCGAACUCCCUCUCGCCGGGGAGCUGCGGACGGCAGCGCCGCGCCGUCGGCCUCCUCCUGGAAGAAGACGAGUCCUGAUUUGGACCUGAUUGCAAAGUAUUUUGAAUUCGCGAGGGGGUUAUUGUAAAAAUAACUUAUAACACUCGCCCGAACAGUAAUUCGGGUCGGAGGGAGUAC